AUGUGUACCACGGAGAUGACGGAAUCGUACACAAUGUCCCCGUCAACGACGGUGUCUUCCAGCGCGACAACGCCUGGUUGCUUGGGCUCGCCUCCUCACCGACGGACGCCUUGCAGGGGUUCCCCGGGUCGUGGCGACGCUCAGGACGACGAGGACGAGAUCUCCGUCGGUUGUCCUAGUCCUUUGCCACUGGUUGUGGUCACGCCCAGCGCCGAGGACGACGAGAGGCUGUCCCAGUCGAGGGAGGACUAUGACAGACUCAGCCCUCGAAGAAGCUACCCCAGAGAGUCCGUGAUCGACGACGAGGAUAGCUACUCCAGGAGUGACUACAGGAUGUCCAAUGGUCGUAGCGUGCGUACUCACGAGAGCAGCGGCGGUGAUUCCGUUACCACCCUCAGGGAGGACGAAGAGGACGACGAGGACGACGAGGAGCUGAACAGCAGGACCAGCAGUAACGGACCGUCUGCGGCCGGUGCCACGGACGAUUACUUCAAGCCCCUGAAACGGCUGAAAAUGGUGCCGAUGCAACAAUCCGACGAGGAAGACGAUCGAGACCGGGGUGACACAAACGAGAGAGGCGUGAAGUCUUUCAGUAUUCUGGACAUCCUGUCCCAUCGACCGAAGGCGAAAAUCGUUCGUCCAUGGGACACGGUCGAGUCUAACCUUAGUCACCAUCAUCGUCACCAUCUCCAACAACAGCCCCAUCAUCAGCAUCAUCUGCACCAUCAUCAUAAUCAUUCCGCCGCGCCCAGAGAUUUGUCUCUGAUGGGCAUGUCGCUGACCUCUAUGUCCGGGUCGAUCAGCGAACCACCUCUGAGCAGCUCAUCCUCGUCCGGAAGAAGCUCCGUUUCCGACUCUGGGAGUCCUGAUCCCCUAGCCCAUCAUCACAGCCUGCAUCACGGCUUGCAUCCCGGUUUGCAUCAUCCUGCGUUGCAGCAACAACAGCAACAACAACAGUUCAAGAGAAAAACGUCGCAACAGCACGGUGGCCAGGGUGGACAUCACGGAAAGAGGACGACGGGUCAAGGAAGUCCUCUGGACGCAUUGUUCCAGAUGACGAGCAAAACAUUCGACGCUGGCGAACACAGUCAAGAGCAAGCCAAUCACCUAAACCUGUUCAACAACCGUCAACAACCGAAAAAGAAGCGCAAGAGCCGAACAGCAUUCACAAACCAGCAGAUCUUCGAGCUGGAGAAACGGUUCCUAUAUCAGAAGUACUUGAGCCCGGCGGACAGGGACGAGAUCGCCGCUCAGCUGGGCCUGAGCAAUGCCCAGGUGAUCACGUGGUUCCAGAACCGUCGGGCGAAGCUGAAGAGGGACAUGGAGGAGCUGAAGAAGGACGUGCAAACGGUGAACCCGUUGUUGGUCGCGCAACACCAUAAAACCUUCCUGGAGAACGUACAGGACCUUGGGAUCCUGAAGAAGCGACCGCUACCGAACUCGAUGGACGAGAAAUCGUAG